AUGAAGCAACGAAAGGCGAAGACGCUAUUACUUGCGCUUCUUGCGCUCGUGGAUCCCUCUAGUGCAAUUCCAUACACCCCAUCAUCCAUCUUCCUUUCCCCACAACACAAUGACUCCCUCGCAUACAUCAUCCGACCCAGUUCCACCGGCGAGACCGAGUUUGUCUCCCUCAACCUGUCCAGCAGUCUUGAUGCCGAGAAUCUAUCAUAUCAAACGCUGCUAAAGAGCACGCCAUUCCACAGUGCUGAUCAGAACUCAAGUUUUGUCCCCGCCAUCAACGACCAAGGGGUCAUCACAGUUUACUCGGGCAACUGCCACAGUGCAUUCGAUAACCCGGCACUAUGGAAGUUCCACCCAAACAGCAAAAGUCUAGUUGGAAAUGGGACUUGGGAUAGACUGUCAAUUAUCACCAGCGACGCAAAAACCGCACCGAACUACCUGGCGGCGGGGUUCACGUAUUCGCCAUCCCACCACGAAGAUGAGAGCUCCAUGUACACUUUUGGUGGGAUGUGUCCAUUCGCGAACAGCACGGAUGAAACAUGGAUCUCCGCAGCCAACUACUCCCGGUCGACGGUCGUGUUAGGGCCAAGUCCAUACUACAACACCAAGUACAACGCUGCCACUACUGGCAAGCGUGCGCCGCCCAUCGCUGAAGCUGGAAUGGCCGUCGUGCCGCUUCAACCUACAUAUUCUACCGGUUCUACGGGGAAACAACAGGACUUUUUGUUUAUUGGUGGUCAUACCAGGGAGGCGUUCCUUAACAUGUCGCAACUCGCCAUUUUCUCGCUGCCGCAGCAGAGCUGGAGUUUUGUUUCUGUAAUCUCGGAUUCCACACCAAAGACUGAGCUCACUGUCCGAGACACGGUUUCUGUUGAGCCCCGCUCCGGUCACACUGCGGUUCUCUCGGAAGAUGGAAAUAAAGUAUUUGUAUUUGGUGGUUGGGUGGGUAAUAUGACUGUUCCCGCUGAGCCGCAGUUUGCAGUUCUGGAUCUUGCAGAAGGGUUUGGCGGAGCCACCGAAUGGAUAUGGACAGCACCCUCUUUCGAAGGAUUAGGAAUCGCCGAGGGUGCUGGCAUCUUCGGACAUGGAGCGGCAAUGCUCCCUGGCGGCGUGAUGAUGAUUUCUGGGGGCUACAAUAUCCCCAAACCAUCCUCGAAACGGGCCUUAGCGACUGCACAGUCCAACUCGAGGGUCUAUCUCUACAAUGUGACCUCAAACAGCUGGGUCACUUCUUACCGCAAUCCUGCAGCCAGUUCCUCGACGCCUUCCCCCAAGAGUUCCAGUAAGCUUUCAUCAUCCCAAAAGGCCGGCUUAGGGGUUGGACUGGGCAUUGGAUGUCCCGCUGCUAUAGCUCUCAUUUUGUGGGGAUGGAACUAUCACCGAAAGCGCCGUGUAAAGAGCAAGCGAGACUCGCAGCUACGGGAACUUGCUUUAGGGGCAGAACGAGCUCACUUUUGGGAUCGAGAUUGUCCAACCCAGGCAAGCAGCAUUCGGAGUUCUGGAAUGAGCGAAAAAAGAGAUGUUCUCGUGUAUCCUUGGUCGGCAAGUCGCAGCAAGACGGCACAACCCAACUGGAAAGACCAGGGCGGAGGCACGGCAGAGAGGACUGGGUUGCUGAUGGACCCUACUGCUCAGCCUCCAUCCAAGAAUAAACGAUCCCCCGUGGUACCCCCAGUGAACAAUCGGCCGUUCUCAUAUCGAAACAGUGAAUACCGGCGCAGUGAUGCUGCUAGUGAUAUCCAUCCCAUUGAUGAACGCGAGGAAGAUGAAGCGAUAUUCCGAGAACGUCUCAUGGCAAAAAUCCCACCUGGAACAAGACCCACGGUCAAUUCGACGGAGGCCGAUGACCCCUUCUCAGAUACCCCCUACGCAACUCCUCGAAGCACCAUCUUCGGAGUUGGACUAGGUCCUUUCUACAGCCGACGAAAGGAUAUCGGAUCUAUGGAUGCUGAGUCCCCGACAAGAAGCGAAAAAACCGCCACAAACGUGUCAGACAACACUGCCUUCUCCUUUGCAUCCACCCAGCCCAUAGGUAGGGUCAACCAGGCACGAGGCGUCCUCGUCGAUCGACCUAUGAGCUGGGGAAGUGGACACCCGUCACUGGAAUACUCUGCCGUCGGCUCAACCCACAGCGACCCAGACAACGCAGCUCCUUCAGAGAAAUCUAUCUCAGCGGACUCCUACUCUACAGCCCAGACAAACCUAUCACAACGCCAGUCAGAGAAUGAAUCCCUCCUCUUCGACGCCCUCUCCACCACAGCCCCCUCAUCCCCAUCAAAACUACCCCGAGAAUCCAAACCCAAAGCCUCAGACUGGGUAAUGAACACCAUGCGUCGAGCCUUAACAAUGACCCGUCGCCCCGACAGCCACCUGUACUCCAGUGCUAGUACCAGCACAGCACACCGUGCUUCCGGCAUUGACCGUCGCAGCACGCUACUCAGUUCCAGCCAAUCCACAUCCUCGGGCCCCAGCACGCCGCGUCGAGCAGUCAGUGCUUCAGCAGAGCUAUUCCGCCGUAAGCAGGGUGCCAAAGACUGGAACGCACGCAAGCGAGUUUCAGACGAUGUGUUCAAUACCGCCCGGUCUACGCGCGAUGAUCUUUUCGUUGGGGCACCGGGAUACCUGGGUGACGAAGCUGGCUUCGGUGAUGAUGAGGAAGAUGUCUAUGAUUGGGAUCUCGAGGGUGCUGCUGAGGGUCGACGUGUUCAGACGACUUUUACUGUUCCCCGAGAGAAACUCCGUGUUGUUAAUGCUACCGAUCGCGAUAUCGAUAGUAUGUCUGAGCGCUCGGCUAGUUGGGGUACUGGGAACCGGAGGGUUAGUACCUAG